AUGAAGAGAAAUGAUUCUUAUAUUAACAAUCUAACAAUAGGCUCCAAAAUCAUUGGCAGCCAUCAAUCCACUGAUUUCAAGAAAUUACUUGAUAUCUUUCUUAAAUUAAUAGGUGAACACCCGGUUAUUGAUAUUUGGUUUAUUCAAGAAAUCAGAUUUGUGUCUCAGGAACAAUUUACUUAUAUCAACACAAUAUUAAAACAACACAAUGCACAGCUUAGAAUGCAUCAUUUUAAAGAUCUAACUGGUUUUCUUAUUCAUUCGCCACAUGCUAAACUAAAAUUCAAAAUAAAUGAAAAUGAAAAUCAUCAAACAACACAUUUUGAAGGUCGUAUUAGCAUCUUGGAGAUUACGAGUACAUUUGUUCCAGCGUCCACAUUUUCCUUUUCCCCAUGA